UCUUGCAGGCAGGACAGGCGUGCAGUGUGUCUGCAGAGGAGGGGAGGAGGGAGGGUGGCCUUUGGAAGACCAGGCAGCCUCCCUCUUUCCCCCCCUCACCCAGCCCCUUCCCUCCUUCUCUUUCUUUCUUGGCUUCCCUUCUUUCCACUCCCUCCUUCCCUCCAUCCCUCCCCUUCCCAGCCAGAGAGCAGAAAGAGAGCUCCUUCUUUCCCCACUUUUUGCAAAAACAAGGGGACAAAAGGGGCUGGAAGGGGACUUGUUGGACUUUGGAAAGAAGAGGAGCACCUCCAGAAAUCCCUUCCAAACUCUUCCUCAAAGGAGUCGAAAGAGAAAGUGGCCGAAAGAGAAAGUGGCCGAAAGAGAAGGUGACCGUCUCCAAGGCUGUAGGGAGGUGGGGAGGGGUCCCUGAGCCCCCCUUGCCUCCCUCCCCAGCCCUCCCCAUGGACCCGCAGUCCCUGGAUGCGGCGGUGCAGACGACACUCUCUGGCCUCUUCCCUCCCUUCGAGGCCACGGCUCCCACGGUCCUGGGUCAGCUCUUCCGGGUCCUGGAGGCCAAAUACCACGGAGACGGGCUCUGCUGCCUCCUGGACUUCCUCGUCCCCUCCAAACGCUUCCUGGAAGACGUGCGCCAAGCUGCCUGCGCCCCUUACAUCAACCGCGUGUUCCUCCACGAAGGCUGGCCGCUCUGCCUCCAUGAGAAAGUGGUGGUCCAUUUGGGCCCCUUGAACCCGCUCCUCUUGCGCCCCGGAGACUUCUACCUCCAAGCAGAGCCCUGCGGGGAUCAAUCGGCCUGCCUUUCCCUGAAAUGUCUCUCCAGGGACCUGACCUCGGUGCAGAAAAUCCCCAUCCCGGAAGCCUCCUGCCCUUUGCUCUUCACCCAGGAAUGGCUGGAGGAGGUCAACCAGGACUUGGACCAGCCAGCACUCCAUACUUGCAUGGUGGCCACCGGAAAUGGCAUCGUUCCUGUGCCCUGGAGCAAAAUUGUGACACCAGAAUUCGUCCAAUUGCCCAAAAGCAAAGAACAAGAGGUCACCUCAGACUACUUGGAGACCUAUUCCUCUCUGAAAGGUGGCAGUGACCGAAGCCCGAGGUCAACUCAAGGCAAGUAUCCAGGCCUUAUCAAGGUGGAGCAAGGAACAUGGAAACAAUCAAAUGUAUUCCUCCUGCCGAGUCUUUGCGAUAUCAUAAGUGAGAACUUGGAAGGGGAGUACGUCAACCUCUUAGGCUUUUCGGAAGAGAAGAAGCCAGAUUCCUCCUCUCCGGCCAAGUCAACGGCAUCUAGAGCUCACCAAGAGGUUACUGGAGAAGAAUCACCUGGGAUGGAAAAAGGACUUGUGAAUGGGGUUGUGGAGGAAAUAUGGAGCUGUGUGAAGGGUCCUGACUCAGAGGAGGGUCCUUGCACUCCUUGUUUGAGGAGGAAACUGAACCAAGACCCCAAAGUCCACGAGCCCAAAUGCCGGUAUCGGGAAUCCUAUGUGGCCGCCCUCAAGAACCCAGUCAGCUUCAGCUCAGGGUUGAUGGAAGCAAUCUUGGAAGAGAUAGACACAACACAACAAGCUCCAGAGAUUGUGGACACUAUGUCUCCCAGAGAGUUGAUUUCCAGAAUCUCCUUGGAGCGUCCAAAUAAGGAAAGCAAAGUUGAGGAGGUUCCCAAACAAAAGCCCUUGAAAGUCCUGAAGUCCCCUCCAGAAGGUCCUGCAGCAGGCAAUCGAUUCUCAUUCUUAAAAGGAUACCGGCAUCCUGUUCUUCCUUCUCCUCCAACUUCUCCGGAGAAAGUUGGGAAGGGGCAGGAAGGGCCUCGGAAAAGGAAUGUUUGCUCUCCGAAAGCAGCCCGAGGAAAGCCGGCUUCUUCAGGGAAAGGUACCAAUCAGACUGAUGCCAUAUUUCAAGAGCCACCAUCACCAAAAAGGAUAGAAGGCAACACAGCCAGUGUUUCUAGCAUUGACUCCUUGCUCAAAGAGCUGCAGCCUCCAGGACCUGGCCCUUGGGAUCCUGUCCGCUGGGAGUCGCUGAAUCCGGAGCUUUUGUCUUCUGGACUGGUGUGUCUGCCAGGGAGCACCGAUAAGGCGGGAAGGCCCAUGAUCCACAUCAGGAGUGGCCCAGAGUGGAGCGCCUCUUGGUGCUCAGCCGCGGAAGUGCUGCGCCUCCUCCUCUACCUUUUCUCCUUGUCCAGGAAGUGGUCAAGCGAAGCAGCUCUGACGGUGGUAAUCGAUGCCAGGAAGGACCCCCUUCUCCCAUCUCUCUCUGCAGCCUUGGCGGCUUUUCAGAAAGCCUUGCCUGGCUCCAUUCACACCAUCUUGCUUCUCGCAGAAAAGGAAGCGGCUUCCCACCUGGAAAAGUUACCUGGGGUGCAGGUGGAGCUGUUGAGCAACCUGAAGGCGCUGUCCCGAUUCGUGGAUGGAAGUCAGUUGACCCAGACCCUGGAUGGCCAGUUCCCAUACUGCCACAGCGAGUGGGUCCAGUACUUUCAGAAGUUGCACCAUUUCGUAAAUGACCUCACGAAGGCUUCGGAGUUGUUACGGAGUGCCAUCAAAGAACUGGAGCGGGGCAAAGUGCCAGAGACUUUCCAGGCCGUUCAACAGCAGAUACAGCGCCACCGGCAGUUGAUGCAGGAGGUCUUGUCCGACACGCGGCUGGAGGGUCUGCAGCGGGAAGGUGGGGCCACGCUGGCCAGGCUCCGAAGGGAGGCCGCUCGGCUCAGCCCCUCUCCGGACAUCCGGAUGGGCAUCGAGCGGGCCUUGGCGCUCUACAGCCUGCUGGAGGAUCAGGUCCACUCCUUGGUCACCAAAUCCAACAGCCAUUCAGGGAGACUGGAGUUCCUCUCGAAGAUCCGGGAACUGGAAGGAGAAUUCAGCAAGGUCAGUUUGUGGUUUGAGGAAAAAGGAGAACCGGAGCUCCUUGCAGUGGGAUCUGCAGAUGGCAGCCGGGGAACCAUCGAAGAGUCCUACCAGAAGUUUAAGGAAUUCUUCAAAGAGGCCACAGUGCACUACAACCGGGGCCUGUCUCUGUCAAAGGAUGCAGCCAAAUUCCAGGGCUCCUCCUUCCCCGAAAUGGGGGCCUUUGAGGCAGCAAAGAGGUCAUUCCAGGCCAAACUGACCACCUUCUACAUGGAGAUGGAGAGGACAGGGGCCGAGCUCGAGACACUCCUUGACCUGCACAAGUUCGGUGACAAGGUUGCCCAAUUCAGCCUUGACUGCAAGCUGCUCCUGGUCCACUCCACCUCCAAAGGGAACGCUCUUGAGAACCCAAAUGUCCAACAAGAGAUGGAUGAAUUGCUCCAAAGGCUCUCCAAGGAGUUUUCGGCCGAGACCUUCCAGCAGAUGAAGAUCCAGGCUUCCAGCCUUUCCAACCAAAAUGGCUUAACGGUGUGGAGGGAAGCUCUGGAGAGAUGCCAGGAGGCCAAGCUCACCCUCCAAAGCGCAUUGGGGAGAUUCAAGGAAGAGAGUAACCAGAGAGAGAAGAAUGGAUCCUUCAACCCAGUUCCUGAAUUCCAUGGUUUGGAUGGAGUAUCAAGAGAACAAGGCAGUGAAGUCAAGAACAACAAGGAUGGAUUUGCAAAUGCUCUUGAUGAUAGCGACCAUUCAUCUGAUGCUGUGCAUAACAAGACAGGCAAGGAGAGAGAGGAGACCUAUCUUGAUUCGCUGGAAUAUGGUCCCACCAAGAAUAAUGAGGAUGGAUUUGCAGGCACCAUUGGUGACCGUCCAUCUGAUCAUGUGCAUGGUGGUAUGGGAAAGGGGAGAGAGGAGACCUAUCUUGAACCCAUCUUGGAAUAUGGAAACCCUGUAGCUCAGGACUUGGUUGCAGAGAUCUCUGAUGGCCUCCACGUCUCAACUCAGAGCUUGCCUUCCAUGCUUCCUGACCUCUCCACCAAGACCUGUGAGAAGCUGCCCUCCACCAAACAGCCUUGCGCCUCCAUGCCGGCCAGAGGUCGCAAUCGCCGGAGGACCGAGGCGGCCCAAUACUUCCAGCUCUCCAGGCACGAGAGCUUUUCCUCAGAAGAUGCAGAUUCCCAGAACUCUGCCGAAGACACCUUGGGAUCCAGCACCUUAUCCGUGGAGUCUCCAAGUGCCAAUGCGUCCUGUGCCCAGGAGAAGUCUUUGGGCAUUCUCUAUUUGGAGAACCACAACGUGCAUUGCAUGCCUAAUGCAACCACCCAAUGA